UUGUCAACGGCGCGGUGCAAAAAAGCACACACGCAUUAGAUCAAUAGAAAUCGCUACAACGAGAGUGCUCCAGCAAAAAAUCAGUGACUCCGUCGUUGAAUACACAUUUCCUGUGGAUAACACUAUCUACCUCACAGCAACGAAGCGCGCAGCAUCCGGGAGGACAUGUGUAGACGGCACGGUGUUAAAUCGUAGUGCGGUAGGGUAAUUAAGUAAUUGCGGCAGGAUGGCGCCUGACCUACAUCUUCCACCAGCGGCAGAAGCUCUACGGAUGGUUUGCUAUUAUUGAUUGUUCCGUGCAACGUUGGCCGGUGACUAAAUCGGUGGAAAAUAAUGAUACCAUGGAUGCGUGAAAAGUUCGCCGAACGACGUGCCCGCUGGCAACAGUCCCGCAGCAACAAACAACCGCGGGGUCUCGGCGAUGGAACAUCUAGCUGCAGUUCGGUCUCUUCCGGAACGGGUCCGGAACCGUCGUCCGGUACAUCGACGCCCGGUACAAAUGUAUCGCCCGUACAUCAGCCAGCAGUAUCACGUCACCACAAGCAUCGCCAUGGGCAACGUGCAGCAACGAAAGGGCAUCAUCAAUCGCAGCAACCGUUACCGUCUACCAGCGGAUCAUGGCGCUCGAGAUCAUCCAAAAAAGAGACCCACGAUGAUGGCCCGUCUGCCCACUGCUCCACACAGUCGGUUUUGCUGCGCAUUAUCAGUCCACGAGGUGGCAUGGUUGAUGUGGAGGUGCUUCGUACGCUAACGGGGAGACAGCUUAAAAUGUACGCCCUGGAAAAAUUUGCCAGCAAUGCCUUUACGAUGCCACACUUUUCGUCCGAUUUGGAUGAGCUGGCGGAUCGGUACCGUAUGAUAAGGUCACACAAUAGGCACAUUUUCCGCGAUGACGAUUUGCUUAGUGAUGUUAAUGAUGAAGAGGAGUUUCUACUUGUGGCCAAGCGUAUCGAUGCCACGCCAGCCGAAGAAAGUCUUAAAGGACCCUCGCCGGCGGAGAUACUAGCCGCCACUCGUCACAUUCCACUGUCCCGCAUAAAUCAGGCAUCAGUUAACUUUAAUCUAGGCAUGCUGCAAUCAGACCUACAACAAGAUCUCCGACGCAUUAUGAUAUCACUCUCGAGGGCGUCCGCUUACGUGCACGGCACGGGACCAUGUGCUGACAAACUGAUCGCACUGUUUCAACAACGACUCAUCAACCGAAAGCGUCACCAAAUUAGCUCAGUCGAGACGCUGCUUGAAAUGGGAUUUUCGUUGGAUAAAAUUAAUCAAGCCUUACAAAUUACGAAGAACGUAUUCCCGGCGGCACUGGAUUGGCUAAUACAGAACGAUAGUACGUCGAGAUUUUUUAACUGUGAUAAGACCGCUUCGAUUGCGUCCACUUCCGCCAUGACGAAUCAAAUUCCGGCGGAUGCAAAUGCUGCGGCUAACGAAUCGACGAUCGACACGGACUAUCCCCCAACAUCAAUCGCCGUUGUUGCGCUACAUCGUGGACGGAAGAAAUCAAACAUCGACAGUGAUAGUCGGUCAGCUUCAACGCCAUCAUCUGUUGGAAACUCAAUCGAUGAGGAAGAGUGCGAAGACGGAGAACAUGUGGAUUCUUUUACAAUAAAACGUGAAAAUAUUGCUGCCCUGCUGGAAAUUGUACGGCUUUACUCGGAGAAAACAGUCGUACCGAUGCCGGAAUUGGUUUCCUCCAUUGCGGAAAUGGGCUUCGAGGAGGAAAACGUUCGUGAAGCAUUGAUAGCAACACACAACAAUCAAGCGGCGGCCUGUGAAUGGUUGCUGGGAAAUCGGGCCAAAAGUGUGCAAGGGUUAAAUGAUGGCUUGCCGGCAGAAUCGCCGAUCCUGCGUGUUUUGAUGGGUUCACCACAAGUACAAAUUAGCCUAGGAAACCCGAAGAUGUUUAUUGCACUGAUCUCAAUGUUGGACAACUCCUCAACGAUGACUAUGUGGCUUAGCGACAACGACACGUCAUCUGUGCUGGGACACAUUCUGCGCACGUACCACGAGGAGAAACACAUUGUUGCCAUCAAUCAGUUUAACAAUGCACAAGGAAAUUCCAGCAGCAGCCAGCAGCAACAGCAGUAAUGCGACCCUCGUCUGACGGACCCCUGAGCUGGUUAACAAAACCUGCAACAAUGGUCAAUAUAUACCACUAGUCUUUCGUACAAAAUAUGCAACAGCCACAGCAACAUGGGGACUAUGACAACGAGGACGACAUAUGAGAUGUAUUUUCUAGCUUUCCCUGUUGCGGGCAAUCGUGGAGGUCAAUGAAAAACAUUAAAAGCGUUUUUUGGAAUAUUUGUAAAAAGACAACAACAAAUGCCAGCCUUGAGAAUUUAUGCGUUUGUGCUUUGUGCUUCUUCGCCACCUGGUGUGACAACGAUCGAAUUGUAAGGUGUAGUGCAUAGUUACGUGUUGCAUUUCACAGCAAGUAGUUUACCGUUGUUGGCCUCAUGUUUCGAUUGCUAUAGUAUUAAAAUGGAGAAGAGAAAAAACAAACGAUAAAUGCCAUCCUACAACACUAGUCAUGCGUUACACGCUUUUCUAAGUCAAGUUAUCUGUUUUUUGUAGCAAAGCACAGGCUUUAAGAUAGUUGUAACUUUGUAGCACUUGUGGACAACAGCGCGACAGAUUAUAAGCACCCAUUCCGAUUGUACGAAGAAUAGAUAAGCAAACGAAAGCGUGGUGAAGAAAACGCCAAAGAUGCUGACACUAUAUGAGCAAAAUCGAGAUAUUUUAUAAGUGGUCAACGAAGAUUUGUGAUUUAAAAUGGUAUAUACUUCUUGUGAGCAAACCAUUCACGAAACGAAACGAACGUACAUAAUAGCAACCUUGCGAAGGGUUCAAAUGGAGAUAAAGAGAACAAGCACAAUUCCAACGAAGGACAAAAGAAACAUAAAAUAUAUGAUC